UGUUCAUCUUUUAAUUGCGAUCACUAUUUAGAGUGUUUGAUUAGUUUUGUUUUUUUUUUUAUUUUUUUUUUAAAAUUAAAUCGAUUUUAUCGUUGACGGAAGCUUGGGGAAGAUUAUCACGAUGGGGAAAGGAGGCGGAUGCGUUCCCAGCAAGAAGAAGAAGCCGUCCUCUCUCGCCGCCACCACCACCACCGGCGAUGGAAUCGACGACGACGGCGCCGCCAAUGCUCCGAUCCCAAUCGAGGACGAUCAGACGACGAACACCGCCGGAACAACGACCCCAUCGAUCACGGCGAGGACGAUCGCUCCGCCGCUCAAGAUCUUCGUCGUGUUCUACUCGAUGUACGGACACGUGGAGAGCUUAGCUAAGAGGAUGAAGAAGGGAGCGGACGGCGUGGAAGGGGUGGAGGCGAGGCUGUACAGAGUGCCGGAGACGCUUUCUCAGGAGGUCGUCGAGCAGAUGAAGGCGCCGGUGAAGGAUUCGGAGAUCCCGGAGAUCACGGCGGCGGAGCUGGCGGAGGCUGAUGGGUUUCUGUUCGGGUUUCCGACGAGGUACGGGUGUAUGGCGGCGCAGAUGAAGGCGUUCUUUGACUCGACGGGGCAGCUGUGGAAGGAGCAGACGCUCGCCGGGAAGCCAGCUGGGUUCUUCGUGAGUACGGGGACUCAGGGAGGUGGACAAGAGACCACUGCAUGGACAGCAAUCACACAGCUGGUGCAUCACGGGAUGCUAUUCGUCCCCAUAGGCUACACAUUUGGAGCAGGAAUGUUCAAGAUGGACUCAAUCCGUGGAGGCUCGCCUUAUGGAGCGGGUGUGUUCGCUGGUGAUGGCUCAAGAGAAGCUACGGAGACAGAGUUGGCUCUUGCUGAACAUCAAGGAAACUACAUGGCUGCAAUUGUCAAGAGACUUGCACAACCUUGAUCCCUGAUGGCUUCUUUAUUUUCUUGUUUUAUUUAAUUCUAUCCAUUUUUUUCUGAGUGUUUUUGAGUUUUGCCAUUCUCGGAAGAACAUUGAACCUAUCAUAAGGUUCUUACGUCAAGGGCCGUGUGUACAUGCUUCUUACUUUUAUUACAAUUCUCUCUUUGAUUGUUCUCCUCCACAAAUGUGAAUUCCUGUCAAAAAUAAAAAAGGUUUAUUGUGUGUUCUUUUA